AUGUCGAAAAUUCUUCAAAUUCUUUUAAUAAUUGUGGCUUGUCAAGUAUUUUUUGCUACGUCUAAGAAGUACUAUUACUCACCUGAUGAAACGGUUUUACACAACUUGAAGGACAAGAAUCCACCGAGCUAUUUGUCACAAUUUAGAAUUGGAAAGCCUGAGAAGGAAUAUUUAAAAGUUGCUGGAAAAACUCAUAAGACAACUGGACCUAUUCACACUUCUGUACGGACUGAUAAGAAAGGAAAUGUAAAAUGGGGUGUUCGACAUUUCGUUGGAAAUAAAUAUUCAAGAUAA